AUGGGUUCAGCUUGUGCAACUUGCUAUGGUGAUGCAAAAGAUAAAAGUGAUAAGGAUGAAUUUAGUACAACAGAUCCAAGGGUAAUAACAAUUAAAAUCUAUUCAAGAAAAACUUAAAAAGUAUUAUAAAGCUUUAAGCUUGGUGGAGAGGAGCAAAUGAUUAAUUCAAUAGAUCAUUAAAACGCACUUUCACAUGACAGAAGUGAGGUAGUCUUCAAGAAUGGUGCAGUUUACAAAGGUCAGUGGGUAGGCCAGAAAAAGCAGGGUUUUGGGGUUUAGGUAUGGCCUGAUGGAGCAAGAUAUGAAGGCUACUGGGUUAAUAAUAAAGCAUAAGGCAAGGGAAAGUUUUGGCAUGUGGACGGAGACACCUUUGAAGGAGAAUGGUAUGAUGAUAAGGCAAAUGGCUAUGGAGUUUAUACUCAUACGAAUGGCGCUAAAUAUGAAGGUUACUGGAAGGAUGAUCUUCAACAUGGUAAAGGUAAAGAAGUAUGGGCAGAUGGAUCUCGCUACGAAGGAGAAUAUCUGGAAGGGAAAAAGCAUGGCUUUGGGUUUUAUGUUUGGGCUGAUGGCAGUACAUACGAGGGCCAGUGGAUUGAUAAUAAAAUUGAUGGGCAGGGUAAAUACAUUUGGAUCGAUGGAAGAUAAUACGAAGGAUCUUGGAAGUCAAACAACAUGCAUGGGUACGGAAUUUACAGUUGGAAAGACGGUAGGAGAUACGAAGGUCAGUACGAGCUAGAUAAGAAACAUGGAUAUGGAGUAUAUGUCUGGGCUGAUGGUCGUAGAUAUGAAGGAAAUUGGUACAAUGGAAAACAGCAUGGAGAGGGCAAAUAUUUUCUUCCAGAUGGCACAGUAAAAAUUGGCAUUUGGGAGCAUGGAAAGAGACUUCAAUGGAUCGAUGAAUAAGCCCCUGAGAGUGAUAAUAAACAAGAGAGCUCUACAAGGUAACACAUUUGA